AUGGGUGACCGAUCACGAAGUCGGUCUCCACGCCGACAGGAAGGCGAUCGAUCGCGCACAAAGAAAACCGGAGGCUUUCGAUGGAAGGAGAAGCGCCGAGACGACGAUACCCGCGAAGACCGCAAGCUAGAUCGUGGAUAUCGCGAAAGAGAUGAGCGUCCACGAUCACCCCGCAGAGACCGUGACAGCGAUCGUUAUGGAGAUCGCCCUCGAGACAGUGACCGGGAUCGACGCCGUGACGAUCGGGACGCCCCGCGGGAGGAUCGCGCGGAGAAGAAAGACAAGGAGAAAAAGAAGAAGAAGAAGCCGGUCAUUCCACAGUCUUCAGAGCCCAUGAUCGUGGUCUUUGUGAAUGAUCGUCUGGGCACAAAGGCCGAGAUCCCGUGUCUGGCCUCAGAUCCCAUCAAGCUCUUCAAGGCCCAAGUCGCUGCUCGAAUCGGACGCGAACCCCAUGAGAUUUUACUUAAACGACAAGGUGAACGUCCAUUCAAGGACCAGUUAACGUUGGAAGACUAUGGAGUCAGCAACGGGGUGCAGCUUGACCUGGAGGUUGGCACUGGUGACUAG